UGUAUUGAAUUGGGGUUAUUUAAAACCUAGGUCCGACAUAAAGGGAGCUUUUAUUGGAGGUACCCCCUUCCUCCUUCCCUCCUUCCUUCCCUCCCUCUCUCCCUCAUUCCCUCUCUUCCUCCCUCAUUCCCUCACUCCCUCCCUCUCUCUUCCUCCUCCCUACCUCCCUCCUAGUGACUAAUCAAUUUCAAAAAUCUAUUUUAAAUUGAGGAUGUACAUAUUCAUUAUUGGGGGAAUUUAAAUUGAGGCCCGCCUGAAUAGCUUCUCUCCACACAAUUGUCAUUAAUUAUUAUUCUGCCUAUUUAUAAAUAUUUUUCUUUUGUUUUUAUUUAUUUAAUUUCCACUUACACCUACCUAUUAUUAAAUCUAAAUAGGCUAUUUUAGUAAGCGUUUUAGCGCAUCUUCCGGUACACGUAUUUAUUGGCAUUCUGUUUAUUUUUAUUUUUUGUAUCAAACAAAGCCCUUUCCAGAUUUAGAAAAUCCUUUUCCGGUGUGAUUACAUCCCUUCAAGAUUAUACAAAUAUAAACUACCAAAUUUCAAAUCCGGAUAUAUCCUUCCACGCAUCUUUAUGAAGAGAGAUGCACUUAAAAAACAUUUCUCUCUCUUCCUCUCCUUCCGAAAAAGAAAAUACGCAAGCAAAGGUGGAAUGCGUGGAAGGGGGAAGGGAAGGGGGAGUGGAGGGAGAUGCGCAUCCAUUUUCCCAUUUCCGGCCUUUUUCUUUGCCCUUUUUGGUUUUUCUUUUUUUAUCCAACUAUUUUAGAAAUCCUCUUCCGACGACAAUCCUUCCCUCUUUCCUUUUUUCUCUUUUGUUGUUUACUUUUUUUCUUCUAUUUAUUAAAAUAAUAUACGCAAUUUUGCGCAUGUCGUAA